CCAAGCUAGGGUUUUCAGCAUAACACCCCCCACCCAAAAGAAAAAAGAAACGAGUUUUAGAGGAGGCACAGCAUAUCCGCAGAAGAACGGUAGUAUGAGAAGAAUUCGGAAGGAUCCGUUUGCGAGAGAGAAAAGAAAGCGAUACCGGCCGUCUAAGGCUGCUCGAGUUCGCACAUGUGUGCGUCACGGUAUUUGUAAGGGGUGGUUGGAUUCUCUCAAUCAGGACUGGCUUCAGUCUGUGCUGAAAACGCCAGAGCCGAAGUUGACUCGUAUAUAUCCUAGAGAGGACAAGGCUAACACUGCCAAGCUUCAGCGGACAUCAACGUUGGCCUCACAGUCGCUGCGAGCUUGUUCUUCUACCCGUAUGGAAAAACUUGACGACGACUUGAAGGGAUCUGAUGAUCAGGAUCAGACCACGCCUGACUCUGAUCAAUUUGAUACUCAGGAAAUGCAAAGUCAGAAAACAGGAAUACAAAGUUCCUACAAAGAAAAGUAUCUCGAAACCAAAGCUGAGCUAUCCAAGGCAAAAGAACAAAUUAAAGAGUUGCGCAAGAAAUACAAAGAUUAUCAGACCACUCUUCACUCUGAUAAAUUUGAUACUCAGGAGAAGUUGUCGUCUGACGAUAUUGCUACCACCUCAACCUCCAUGCCUCAGUCGCCUGAUACCAGAUUUGGUAUCACUUACCAACGUAGGAAGUCCGCAUAAGCAAAACAAGUUUAGUCUUAAGUUUUCCUUUAAAGUUUUAUGGCAAUUCAGUAUUUUCUUUUUCCUAAAUUCCGUCCAACACCAAACCCGUUAAUGUGUAAGCCUCUAGGUAGCACGUUGUUAUUGCUUGUGUCGGCGAGUUUCUAUGACUUGUUAACGUCACUUGCACUAUAUCUCUAAUAACACUAUUUGUGGUGUA